AUUUUUUAAUUUUUAUUCUUCAACCAAACCUCCAUAGUUAAUAGUACUCCGUAUUAGUUUUAUUAUUUUCAAUCAUUAUAUUAUUCAAAGUGAUUAGCAAUUAAUUAAUCAGUGAAGCAGAGGAGAUGAAGAGCGAAGCUGAGCUCACAGUUCUCCACCCAUCCAUUCGAGCCCGGGCGGCGUCUCUUCGCACUAUCGCUAUACUUUUCGCCUCAUUUUUUGCAUUUUCUUUUGGCUUGACUCUAUUUUCCGGCAGAGAAGCUGCAGGGACAAACGCCACGGCGGCGGCAAAGCAUCCGAGACCCGACCCGGUGUUGGAAGCGCUGGUGCAUUACGCCACGGUGAAUACGACGCCGGUGUAUGCUGCUCGAAUGUCCACCGCGGAGGUGAAUUGCAUCGUCGCCGCCCUCCGCCGCUGCCAGAACGCGUGCAAUUUUCUCGUCUUCGGGCUGACCCACGAGACCUUCCUCUGGCACUCGGUGAACCACGGCGGCCGGACGGUGUUCAUCGACGAGAGCGCGUAUUGGGUGUCAAAAUACGAGGACAGAUUCAAAGGGAUCGAGGCGUACGAUGUGAGAUUCACGACGAGAGUGAGCGAAUUGUAUCAUCUUCUGGAUCACGCGAAGGGUGAGUUGAAGAGAGAGUGCCGGCCGGUGCAGAAUCUGCUGUUCUCCGACUGCAAAUUGGGGAUCAACGACCUCCCGAACCACAUAUACGACAUCGCCUGGGACGUCAUCCUGGUGGACGGCCCGCGCGGGUAUCCGGUGUCGGCUCCGGGGAGGAUGGCGGCGAUAUUCACCGCCGGCGUGCUUUCUCGGAGCAAAGUGGGCGGCGCGCCGGAGACCGAGGUGUUUGUGCACGAGAUUUAUAGAGAGGCGGAGAGAGUGAGCAGCGAGAGAUUCCUUUGCCGUGAAAAUGUGGUGAAUCGUGUGGGGGCUUUAGGUCAUUACAGAGUGGCGAAACAAGAUCCGCAGAAGUAUGUAUUUUGUUCAUCCGCUCAAUUCUCAUCGUCGUCUUCACCUCCGCCUGAUAGGUGAUGAAGCAGAGUUGUGUUAUGCAAUCGAUCAAGUGAAGGAAUAAUACAGAAUUAGUUUUAGCUUAAGACUUUCCCUAUAAAGAUAUUGUAUUAAACUUAUCUGACUAAACAAGCUCAAAAUGUGCAAGCAUGAUUUGAAAAUCAC